AUGGAUUGGCAAUACCUUUAUUUGCCGGAGGAGACCAGUGGAGGUGGAGGAAAUGACCAGGUGCAGAACCUGCAGCGUGAAGUGGAGGGAAUUGAGAAAAUUAUGGCCCAGACUGUGGAGCAGAUCCUGGCCCGAGGAGAAAACUUGGACCAUCUCCGCAACAAGACAGAGGACCUGAAAGCCGCAUCUGAGCACUUCAAGACAACAACCCAGAGAGUGGCUUGCAAGUUCUGGUGGAAGAAUGUGAAGAUGAUUGUCUUCAUUGGCAUGAUUGUCUUCAUCAUCAUCUUCAUUGUGCUCCUUGCCACAAAGUAUGGGGUCAUCCAUACUUAG